AUGACCAUCAACAUCCAGGUGCGGCACGGGCGUGCGGGAGCCGCCGAGGCCGCACGCCGCGACGCUUCAGCGAGGUCCGCGCCGCUUUUUGCCCGGCCUGAGGAGCAGGCCGCAAUUCCCGGGAAUGCAGCAUCCUCUGGAUCCAUCCCAGUCUGGGUCUCAGUGGGCGAGGGCGCUGGCCAGGGCCCGGAGCAUCUCCGUAUAUGUUUGUACCGCCGAACUUGCCCUCGACAUCUAUGCCUGGCUUUCUUUCUGCUCCGUGUGGCACUGGGGGCUGAUGGUUACGAUGCUGCACGGGAUGCAGAGUGCCGCCUCUUCAACCUGCGCCCCACAGGAAAGCCGAGCCCCAUCAUUAGGCCAAAUGCAGCUGCAGCCGCGGGUGCAGGAGUGCAGGAGCUGGAGACCCUCCUGGCUGAGAACAUGCUGCAGCGCCAGCAACUCGAGCAGAUGAGACUCGUUCAGCUACAGCAGCAGCAGCUUCAGAUGCAGCAGCAGCUCCGCCAGCAGCAGCUGCUGCAGUUCCAGGCACCAGCGCAGGCUGCGGUGGCAAAGUCGAGACCAGACCGCAUGCGAGGUCAGGCUCAGGACAAGAAGCCAAGCUACAACAAGCGUGGGCAGAGGGAGCGCCAGACCACGGUGAUGCUGCGAAACUUGCCACUGGGGUAUAGCCGGGACAUGCUCGUGGAGUUGAUGAACAGGAACGGGUUCUAUGCUUGCUUCGACUUCGUCUACAUUCCGAUCAACUUCCGAUCGCAGGCAAUGUUUGGCUAUGCCUUCGUCAACUUUGUGGAUGAAGCUCAAGCUCUUCGAGCCCGUGACACUUUUGAAGGAUUCACCAAUUGGGGCGUCGAGACGGACAAGAUCUGCGAAGUAUCCUGGAGCGACAUGCACCAGGGUUUGAUGGCGCAUGUCAACCGCUAUCGAAGUAGUCCUGUGAUGCACGAGUCUGUCCCGGAUGAAUACAAGCCGGCUGUGUACUCUCAGGGCAGACGUGUCCCUUUCCCAGCACCGACAAAGCGAAUCCGAGUGCCUCGUAUUCGUCGUGGUCCAGAAGGCGGUCAGGGAGACGAUGGUGAAGGUUCUGAAGGAGAUGAUGACGGCUUGGCGGGAGUAGAUGCUGCCGAGGGAUGA